AUGGCUAGUUCCAUGGGUUGCUUGCUGGUACUCUGCCUUGCCUGUCCACUCCUCCUUGCAGGCACCGUUCGUGCCAACCCAUGGUAUAGCUUGUUCCCACAGUUCUACGACCACUCGUGCCCGAAGGCCAAGGAAAUUGUGCAGUCAAUCGUGGCACAGGCUGUUGCCCAAGAGACCAGGAUGGCAGCAUCCUUGGUCAGGCUGCAUUUCCAUGACUGCUUUGUCAAGGGGUGUGAUGCAUCCGUGCUACUGGACAACAGCAGCAGCAUAGUCAGUGAGAAGGGGUCCAACCCCAAUAUGAACUCCCUCCGGGGUUUCGAGGUCGUCGACCAGAUCAAGGUCGCCCUUGAGACAGCUUGCCCCGGCACGGUCUCCUGUGCCGACAUCCUCGCCCUCGCCGCCCGCGACUCCACUGUCCUCGUUGGUGGCCCUUACUGGGAUGUGCCGCUCGGCCGGAGGGACUCUCUGGGCGCAAGCAUCCAGGGCUCCAACAAUGACAUCCCUGCCCCCAACAACACCCUACCCACCAUCAUCACCAAGUUCAAGCGUCUCGGCCUCAAUGUCGUCGAUGUUGUCGCCCUCUCAGGUGGCCACACCAUUGGCUUGUCCCGGUGCACCAGCUUCCGGCAGAGGCUGUACAACCAGUCAGGUAACGGCCUAGCCGACAGCACACUGGAUGUGUCCUACGCUGCGCAGCUGAGACAAGGGUGCCCACGCUCCGGUGGCGACAACAACCUCUUCCCGCUCGACGUUGUCACCUCGACCAAGUUCGAUAACUUCUAUUUCAAGAACAUCCUGGCCGGCAGGGGCCUUCUCAGCUCCGAUGAGAUCCUACUCACCAAGAGCGCCGAAACGGCGGCGCUCGUCAAGGCAUAUGCAGACGACGUGCACCUCUUCUUCCAGCACUUUGCACAGUCGAUGGUGAACAUGGGCAACAUCAUGCCGCUGACCGGGUCACAGGGGGAGAUCAGGAAGAACUGCAGGAGGCUCAACAACUAUCACUGAGUUACUGAAUGUGCUGUCUGUGCUAAAUUGUGUGUGGAGUUGGGGCCAAGUUUUAU